UCAGGCUGACGUUUGGGUGAUUUGAUUUCAUUUCGUGUUCGUGUUCGUGGUGCAAAAAACUAAUCAAUUAAUUUUAGAAGCCGAUGCCGGCUUUUUAUUGUACUAUUUAUAAAUGAGGACUGUAGAAAUAUUUAUAAAUUAGUGCAUCAUCGACAGAAACCAUUGUAAACAACUUAAUUCAAAAAUGCUUAGAGUGUUGCAGUUAUACUAUGUUGCAGUAUUAUGCAUAAUUAGUUUUAGCAAAAGUGCUACGGGACUUGGUGAAAUAAUCUAUGCUAUAAAUGCCGGUGGACCGGAACACACUGAUGUCAAUGGAAUAUACUACGAAAAAGACCCGCUUCACGGCAGAAUUGGCACCGCAUCGGAUUAUGGAAAGCAAUUGCUUGUGAUAGGACGAGCCAACGCUAAAGAUGAAAUCCUGUACCAAACUGAACGAUACCACCAUAGUACAUUCGGAUACGAUAUUCCAGCCAACAAGGACGGUCAGUAUGUGUUAGUUCUAAAGUUCAGUGAAGUGUACUUCAAUGCUCCUAACAUGAAAGUGUUUGAUGUGGUGCUGAAUGGGGACCACACUAUAGUGGCCGAUCUGGAUAUCUUCGACAAGGUCGGGCGCGGGGUGGCUCACGACGAGUAUGUACCUUACACCAUCAAAAAUGGAAAGCUAUAUUACAAUGAGGAAGAAUCUGACAUUCGAGGUGGAAAAAUCAAGGUUGAAUUUAUUAAGGGGUACAGAGAUAAUCCUAAAAUUAAUGCCCUGUACGUAAUGAGAGGGACCAUAGAUGAAGUGCCCAAGUUGCCACCAUUAGUUUGGCCAGAAAAUGAGACGGAAGAAGUAGAAGAGAAAGUUCCCAAGUCCAAGCGUGCCAGCGGACCCAAGUCCCCGGACCCCUACUCCAUGGAUGAGAGCUCCGUGCUGCUGCCGGUCUUCAUCACUAUUGGUGCAUUUAUACCUCUCUUGUUUUGCCUCUGCAAACUAUAGUAGAUCUUAUAGAAAAUAGUUCUGUGUGUUUGAAUGUCAUUAUUUAUUAAUUUUAUGAUAAUAUGUGCUGCAUUUAUUAAAAUUAAACUUUUUGUGGCCUGAAGACUAUAUUUCUGUCUAUUCAACUUAUUACAGCACUAACUAGAGUACAAAAGUAUUAUGCUGUAUGGCACAAAUACCGUCCUACUGCUAAUAGUAAGAUACAAUUCCUGUAAGGUGAGAGGAUGUUUUACUUUAUUUGAAUAAAGAAUUAUAUGUUAAAA